CAUGUACUAGAAGACGAGUUUUCAGUAAGACCUCAUUUGGAUAUUUCUGGGAAUUUUUCGUGAUAAUUUGUGGUUUAUUCAGAUUUUCUGGGCUGAAAUUGAGUCAUUGCAAUAAUUUUUGGUCAGGGCAACGGCUUGGGGUAGUUUGGAGUAUUUUUUUUUGAUAAUUCAUUGAGAUUGGGGGGUUCUUCAGGUCUUUGUGACUCAUUGAAAUCGUUAAUUCCUAAUAAGGAGCGUCGACGGAGCCUGCUUAUUGCAUCAAGGAACUUUCGGAGUGAAUUCAGAGAAAAGCGACUGAAAUUUUGGGAUUUGAGACUUUGAAGUUUGAAAUGGAAGGAAUUAUUCAGCAUAAAAUCUUGGAGGUGGCGAAACAGGUGGAGCGUCAAUUAGAUGGAGAGAUUGAAGCUCUGGAGAACCUGGAUAUUGAUGAUAUUGAAAAGCUGAGGGAAAAGAGGUUACAGGAGAUGAAGAAAGUACAUCAGCAGAAACAGGCGUGGUUGGCUGCUGGACACGGAGAGUACUCUGAAAUUCCUGAUGAGAAGGACUUCUUUGAUAUUUCGAAAAAAUCAAAGAAUAUUGUCUGUUUAUUUUACAAGGAUGGAUCUCCAAGAUGUAAAAUUGCAGAUCAUCACCUACAGAUCCUUGCUAAAAAACAUGUGGAGGCGAGGUUUUGUAAAUUGAAUGUCGAGAGGUGUCCAUUUUUGACAGAGCGUUUGAGGAUCAAAAUAAUUCCCACAAUAGCCCUCAUCUCAGACAGCAAGACAAAAGACUACAUCGUAGGCUUCACGGACCUCGGAAAUUGCGAUGAUUUUUCCACAGAGAUGAUGGAGUGGAGAAUAGCCCAGUCUGGUGCAAUAUCAUACACUGGUGACCUGUUGAAUCCACCAGAAAAGGGAAAGAAGCCGUCUAAUCUACUCUUUGGAAACAAGAAAUCAAAAACAAUUCGAGGCAGAACUAAUUCUGACGACAGUGGUUCUGAUAACGAAUAAUUCAUUCUCAUUCGAUCGAAUUUUCCUAGUUAUUCUCAUACCUUUUUGUAUUAUUAUUUUUUUUUACAUCACGCACACUGAUAAAUGAUAAAUUACUGAUCGAACACAAUAAACAUUUA